AUGGAAGUGCUCCGAAUCAGGGCCCUCCCCGCCGACAAGUUUACCUUCACGGCUGCUCUGCGUGGAGUCGCCGAGGCGUGGUCCCGAGCCAUCUCUCUGACCACAUUGCUGGGCUCCUGCACGGUGCAGGCGGAUGCUAUGCUUUGCGCCACUGCGGCGGCUUCCCUGCCACGGGAGGAAUGGGCCAAGGCCUGCCAGACCUUGCAAUCCGCGCGGGCUUGCCACGUGGAGGUGGAUGUCGCCCUGACCAACGCGGCCCUGUCCCCUCUGGUUUCAAGUGGUGGCGACUGGCACCUGGUCUUGGGAGCCCUUGACGUGCUGCGCGAUCAGGGCAUGCAGCCCAGUGAAACCUCGCUUUCUCUCUCGCUGAGAAUGUGUUCGUGGCCGGCCGCAGUCCAGCUGAUUGGGUCUGGCAAGGAGAUGUCGGUGCAGCCAAACCUCCACGUGUUGGCCGCCGCGUUACCGUCGCUCUCGAAGACCUGGGCGCAGGGCCUGGCCUUGCGUCGGGCUGCAGCGUUGAAGGGCCUCGGCUGGGACGCAGUGUCGGCCAACCUGGUGGCAGCCAGCUGCGCAACUUGUGGAUGCUGGGCGGAGUCGCUGCAGCAGCUGCCUGCGCAGGGCAGAGAUGAGGUGUCCUUUGGGAUCGCCGUGGACUGCUGUGGCCAAGGGCGGCUGUGGGACAGCGUCCUGCGGCUUCUCACAUCGCUUCGCGCACAGCGGCUGGAGGCGUCUGGGAGUGCCUUUGGAGCGGCAGCGGUGCAGCACUGGUCCCAGGCGAUCGCUUUGCUGCGGUGGUUGCGGCAGAUCGGAGAUGUCGAAAGCGCCGGCAAUGCCUUGGCGGCGGCCGUCCAGUCGUGCACCUCCACAGCUCCUGGAAGGUGGGCCCUGGCCUUGUCCCUGCUGCAUCGCCCCACUGGCUCGGUGUUGAAUGCGGCACUUGCUGCAGGGCAACGAGGGCAUGCCUGGCAAAUCUGUUUGGAGUUGGUCCAAAGCCGAGGUGCUCGGCCCGACACCGUGGCUUUCAACGCUGCUGCCAGCACCCUGGCGUCAGGCGCACAGUGGCGGGAGGGCCUCUUGCUGACGGCCAGUACAGCGGGAGAGACCACACAGGUGACUCUGGGCGCCGCUGCGCGAGCCUGUGAGUUCGGCUCUGCCUGGCGCCUGGCAGGCAGCGUUCUUCACUUGGUACAGGUCUUUUCGCUGCAGAUUGGACAGGUCAUCUACGGAUCUGUUGCCAGUUCCUGCGAGCAGACCUGCCGGUGGUCCCAGGCGCAACAGCUUCUUGCCGAGCUCAUGCAGCGUUGUCUUCGACCCAACCCAGUGCUGGGAAACACUGUGGCCAGUGCGACCAGCCGAGCUUCGGCCUGGAAACAUGUGCUGCUGCUCGUGGUCGACCCGUGUCCAGCCAUGCCUCCGGGCGCCUUCGUGGCGCUGCUGCGCGCCGUCGGCAGCCCCAAGGAUCCCGGUGAGCCCGAGGAUCUAGAGGUCUUGCUUCAGUGUCGCGCGCAGCAUCUCAAGUACCCCGGCACGUGGGGCCUGCCGGGCGGCCAGCUGGGCUGGGAGGAGGCCCAUGCCUACUACGACCAUGCGGUGGAGCCCUCGCUCCGCGAGCGGAUUGUGCGCAGAGCCGCGCUUCGUGAGUUACUUGAGGAAGCUGCGGCUGGGAGUGUGAGCACUGGCUCCAAGACGACGAUCUACUUCGAGCCUUUGCGCGUGGAGGUCUCGGGCGAGCAGGCAGUGAAGCUCAGCAGGAAAGACUGGCACUGUCACAUGCCAGCAGGCCUUUCCUUCUUUGAGGUCGAUGCCGCACGAUCUCGGCGAAUGAAGGUCGCGCACUACGACACCUUCAUUUUUGUUUAUGUGAUCUGCAACCUGCGGGACGGGGACGAGUUUGCAGCCGGAGGGUCCUGGCGACCUCGUGAGGGCUCCGGUGGGUACGAGGUGGACACGAGUCGAGGUUUCGAGGGCUACAGAUGGAAGCGUCUCGGCCAGCUGGAUGCGGCGACAGGGGCAGAUGAGGAGCUGUGCCCCUGGCUCUUGCGCUUCUUCCACGACAACCUGCAAGAGUUCACUGCGGCAGCGCGCGAGCUGCAAGCAGCACCCGAGUGGACGAGGCCAGAGCCAACAUGCACUUGGAAGACGCCAACGCCGCGGCGCUUGUUUCAGCUGCUGGCAGUGGCUGUUGAAAGCAAAGCCUGGAUCCAACAGCGGGAUCGGCAGCACUUCACCUUAGCGGACUGGCAAGCGCGGGAGAAGGGUGGCCCUGAUGAGCUCUGGACUGCUCAGCUCUCCGAGCUUGUGCGGCGUCUCUUCACACACCUUCAGGCGGCACCGCCGACGGAGCGGCGUGGAAGAUACUGGGGAGCCAGGAGCCCGCUGAAGCUGAUGCUGCUGUGCGCAGAUGCCGCAGAGAGCGAGGACUUUCAAAGGUACCGUGACGACUCCAACUUCGGUCUUCUAGAUUGGCAGAGCUGGGCCUCAACGCAGGGCGAGGCGAUGAAAGAGUGGAUGAAGGAGCGAAGCGAUCUCCUGCUGCAGCUGUGUGCUGCCUGUGCGGAGCAUGCUAAGGUGGACCAGCCUUUUGCCGACCUGGGCACAGAUCUUCUUGCCACGGCUGCUUGCGAGAGCACUGGUCAUGCCAGGGAGCUGGUGCGGUUGCUGGGCGAGAGGCUUUCAAUCAGGUCUGCCAGAAGUCUCCACGCAGCCCGGAGUCAGACUUCACCAGAAGGCCUCUUCCCUUGA